ACACCAAGCUCAGCGAGCUCAUCGACGCGGCCAGCCAGCUCUACAACGACCUCUACGAAGAAGACCGCCGGCAUAAGAAUAGUACUGGCUCUAGCUCCCAGAGCGCGGACUACGGCGAGGCCAUGGACAUAGACGCGCUGCGCCAAGGCUCGAAGAAGAACCGCUUCGACUUCCUCAAGUGGAUGAAGGGUCGGUGCUUCGGCUGUGGGUCCGAAGACCAUAACAAGUCUAACUGCACCCGGGUCCGGAGUGGCGCGGCCUGUGGGUACUGCGGACGGAUCGGGCACUUCCAGGACGUCUGCCAAGACAAGUACCUCGGCCUUGAUCGGGGACGUGGGCUACGCUCCAACCCGGGUCGAUCAGGCAACGACUCGGACCGGAAUAUCCGUAGUGCGUCUCAGGAGGAGGACAAAGCCGAGCAGCUGGCUGCCAAGCUCGACAAGAUCCAGCUGCAACUCAAGGAGCUCAACGCGGCCAAGGCGGAGGUAGAAGAGGGGUUGAAGGAUUUUCUGUAA